CCAAGAACCCCUGAAGGAAAUUCUCGGGCCUCCAGCCCUGGACUGGAGGCAGAACCAUUCCAGCUGACACCCCCUGCUGAAGUGUCUUACUUGGCAAGGGCCGGGAAAAACGAGUUUUUGAAUCUCGUUCCGGAUAUUGAGGAAAUCCGAGCUGGGUCCGUGGUCUCCAAGAAAGGCUACCUUCACUUCAAGGAGCCACUCUCCCCUUCGUGGGCCAAACAUUUUGUGGUGGUGCGCCGCCCGUAUGUCUUCAUCUACAAUAGCGACAAGGACCCCGUGGAAAGAGGGAUCAUCAACCUGUCCACGGCUCAGGUGGAAUACAGCGAAGAUCAGCAGGCCAUGGUGAAGACACCAAACACCUUUGCCGUCUGCACCAGACACCGUGGCGUCCUCCUCCAAGCCCUGAACGACAAAGACAUGAGCGACUGGCUGUACGCCUUCAACCCCCUCCUUGCUGGCACGAUACGGUCCAAACUCGCCCGAAGACUCUCUGGACAACUGAAGUACUGAAGGUCCCUUCGGGGAAAUUCUCCACGCAAUUUUUAUUUUCUCCCCAAUCCAUCUCUGGCUAUAAGAUAAAACCUCCCCCCUCUCUGUUUUAUUUUUCUCUGUGAUAACUUGAGUCGCUCCUUUCCCUUGUACGUAACCCCCCCUCCGUGGCUUAACUUGGCUCACUUCCAGCACUUUCCCUCCAUCCUCUCCUCUCUUUCUCUCUCUUUUCCCU